AAUUGUUUUCUCCUUCUCCUUUCGCACCCGCCGUACGGAGCCGUACGAGUACGCGCGACGGGGAGGCACUUUGAGUGCAUGUUCAUUGCCAGGGUUCGAAACCACCAGCUUCAUGUUCAACUGAUGUCGGAACAACGAGAAUCAAGUCUGCGAGCAUGGCAGCAGACUGUGAGGCUUCUGCCAGGAAAGCAAGUAUAAAGACUUGAGACCCAGCGAGAUCAUCAGAAAUUUCACUACCAUCCUCACAUCCAUUCACUUCUUCGCAGUUCAGGCAACUCAUCCUUCUUCGUGCUCAUUAUCUUCCUUGUUCGCUCGCUGGUCGGGACAUCUACUAUCCUUUACAACAAUCUCGACGACUGUCCUUUUCGAUCUAUUUUACCCUCAACAAACGAAUCAUUCAUAAUGUCUUCCAACAAGUUCGUCGCCAUCGCAGCCCUCUUGGCUGUUGCCGAGGCUCGCUUUGGCCAGGAGCAGAUUCCCGUCGCGGCCGUCCAAGCCCUGGGCGCUGCUGGCUUUGGAGAUCCCGGUGUUGCGGCUACCAUUGCCGGCUCCAUUCCCUCUGCUCUCCUUGCAGCGGCGAGCCCUUGCGACAAGCUCUCCAUUGCUGAUCAGAUGAUCGAUGAGCUCGGCAACGAUCCCCAGGUCAUCGAAGCAGCCCUUGGCCUGGUGUCCGCUGAAACCAACUUCAACCCCUUUGCCGUGGACGUGCCCUUUGUCUGCGCCGACCCGACUCUGCCUGUCAACACUGAGCUGCGAGGUGUCACGCCUCUCGUGGAUCCGGCGGUGACCGAUGCUGAUGUCGCCAAUGCUGCGUCUGCACAGUCACUCAACACUCCUUUCGAUGCUCAGGGACUGUCGCAGGCUGAGGUCAUGAUCGCCCAGGGCUUCACCAGCUUCACUGCUGUGGAUGCUUCGGGGGCGAACACCGUCCUUGAUGGGCAAGACGGCGGAGCUGGUGCUGGUGCUGGCGCUGGCAACGGUACUGACACCGGGGCUGGAGAUGAGCAGGACCAAGCAGACGAAGGAGACGUCCCAGCCGGAUGCCCCGCACAAACUCCCGCCGCCGGCGACAAUGGCCAGGCCGACAAUGGUGCGGACACAGGGAACAACAACAACGAUGGGCAGGCCGCUGGCCUGGACUUUGGCGUCUGCCAGCCCACCAUGGCCUUCAUCGGUGGCCUGAACGGCCGUCCCGCCGAUGAGUUUACAUUCAUCCCUCAGGAUGCUCUCGUGGCCGAGGGCCAGCAGGAAGCCCUCAACCCCAACAUCAUCACCAACCGUAUCUGCGAUCAGCUGGUCAACGUGUGUGAUGCCAACGACGCGGCCAUCGCGGCUUGCAAGGAUGCCCAGGCUGAGAUCGAGUCGCUGGGUACGAGGGACCAGAGCACUGCGGACACCUGGAACGCUCUGCUUGGCUUUGCUGGCACCGACUCCUCUGCCCAGUCUGUCUAAUGGAGUCGAAGAAGAAAAGGACUGUUGCAAGCAGUAGUAGUUAUCAUAGCAUGGGUCGAUUUGUACGCUAGUUUAAGGUAUCAUGAUUCAUGGGACGGAAGCAAUCCUGGAGUUUAGUUUCCUCUUUGCCUCAAAAC